CGAUGUACGACAUUGGGGACGAAUUCAGUGACAGAGGCCAUUCACCGGAGCUGGCACCAAAGGAAAAAACGAAUGGGACGGAGGAGAACGACAUCACCUCUGUGUGUGAGACUCAAGUAGAAAAGGAAGAGCCUAAAGAGACAGCAGCCAACCAUGUGGCUGAUGGUGAGGAGCCAGCAGAGACCCCACCUGAGACCCCACCAGAGGGCACCGCUCCACAGGAGGACGUAUCAAAGAGCUUUCACUCCUCAGUGCAGGUGAUGAAAGUACUGUUGAGUCCCAAGCUUGACCGGUGUCACAGUUUACCUGAAUUUUCCCCAGUGUACGGACGUAAACUGAGCACCUCAGCCAGAGGUCUCCUGGAUUGCCUCGCAAAGCUACAGUUGAUAGACUUUGAUCCCAACGACGAUGCAAAUGCCAAGGACACAAGGUACAGAGAGCUAAUGAACAUCCUCCAGUCCCUCUGGUUGUGUGACCCAGCAGAAGGUGGAAAGCAACAGCAGAAUGGAUGUGAUCAACACUCUGUGGACGGUGACACCAAAGCAAGGUCCUCCUCUGGGGUGGACGUCAGCAGUGGCUCAACGGGCUCAGGUGGUUUGGCUCAGGCACCGAACGCAGAGGGGGAAGCAUUGCUGAGGGCACAAGAAGUUGACGAAACUGCAGAGGAACAGGAAAGCCCAGAGUCCUCAAUCCCUAUGUCUGAUCCAGCCAGCCCGUACGUAGCCAGUCAGGACCAAUGGACCACAGAGGAAGGAGGAACAGCAGUGGAGAAAGAGAAACAAAAAGACAAAGAUGUCCCAGCGUCUGAUGACACCAUUAGAAAUGAAAGUGUGAGAGAAUUACCAGAAACACCCCCGUCUUCCAACAAGAGCUCAGACCCUCGAGAGGACACAACCUCUGGCUCUCCUCCAUCUGUCCAAAGGGCACAACUAGCCAAAAAAGUUUCCCUAGAUCCUGAUCCUGUCUGGGUCUUGAAGUUACUGAACAAACUAGAGAAGCAGUUCAUGACACAUUAUGUGGAUGCCAUGGCAGAGUUCAAGGUUCGCUGGAAUUUGGACGACAGCGAACAUCUCGAUGCCAUGAUAGCCGAACUGAAAGACGAUGUGCAUAGCAGGAUACAAUUAAGCAUUGACAGAGAACUAAGGAAGAUCCACGGUCGAGGUGGAAGACCAACACCACCCAAAGAAGAAUUGUCACGAGAAUCAGGUGCGCAAACUGAGACGAGGAGAAGAAGACUGAAGCUCAACCAGUCUAUUGAUUACCGAGAGGAGAAAAGCGACGAUGCAACCGGCACUUCUUUCAGCGACCAACGGAGUGAUGAUGAAUAUUGCCCUUGUGAAACAUGUAUAAAAAAGAAACUGGAAUUAGGACCACUGCUUCCUGCAGAAGUUUUGCACAUUGCUCCAGUCAUGAUGGCUUUUGAUCUAAAGUCAAUCCUCCAGUUGAAAAAGAACCCUACUCCAAAGACACAAGCAGUUGAUGCAACCGAUGACACUGAAACUACGGAUGAAACCACAGUAGUGAAAACUAGUAUUAUACAUGCAUUUGAUUUAAAGUCAAUUCUCCAGUUGAAAAAGGACAAUCCUCCACAGAUACAAGAAGAAGUCGAUGUUACAGAUGAGACUGGAGGUAUGGAUGAAGCCAAAGCAGUGGAAACUCUGGUUGGAAACGUUAUCAACGGGGCUAAGAAAGAGGCGGAUGAAUCACAAGAACAGGAGGAUGAUGAACAGGAUGAUGAACAGGAUGAUGAAGCUGAGACAGUAGAAGAGGAAGCAGGAGAAGAAGAGGAAGCUGAAGCAGAAACAGCAGAAGCUGAGACAGUAGAAGAGGAAACAGGAGAAGAAGAGGAGGAAGCUAAAGCAGAAACAGCAGAAGCUGAGACAGUAGAAGAGGAAGCAGGAGAAGAAGAGGAGGAAGCUAAAGCAGAAACAGCAGAAGCUGAGACAGUAGAAGAUGAAGCAGGAGAAGAAGAGGAGGAAGCUAAAGCAGAAACAGCAGAAGCUGAGACAGUAGAAGAGGAAGCAGGAGAAGAAGAAACUUCUGAAGCAGGGACAGCAGCUGAUGAUGAAACAGCAGGAGAAGAAGACACUGCUGAAGUAGAGACAGCUGACGAAGAAACAGAAGAAGCAGCAGAAGAAGAAGAGACAGCUCAAGAUGAAACUACAGGAGAGGAGACAGCUGACGACGAAUCAGCAGGAGAGGAAGAGAGUGCUGAAGCUGAGACAGCUGAGGGAGAAGAGCAGACAGCCAGAGAUGAAACAGGAGAAGAUGAGACUGAAAACGCAGGAGAAGAGUCGGCAGAACCUGUAACAGCAGACGAAGAAGAGACUGCCGAAGCAGAGGCAGCUGAAGAUGAAGGAGCUGAAACUGAAGCUGAGGAGGAUGUAGAAAAAGAGGAAGCUGAAAAAGAAAUUAAAAUAGAGCCAGAAGUUGAGUCAAACAUCGAGGAGACAGCUAUCAGGAAAGACAACGUGGAGGAAACUCCAGUGACCUCAUUCGAUGCCUUUGCCAGAGCAGAAUACUCUGAAGACGGUGCUUACUCCGACGAUGAGGAUUCAGAGACUGAACGAAACAAUGAGGAGUCAGAGGCCCAAGAGGACAAAGCAGAAGCAGAGGCUGAGCUUCAGGUUGAGGAGGAAGUGGAGGAAGGGGAGGAGGAGCAAGAAGAAGCUGAGGAGGAGCAGGCAGAAGCUGAGGAGGAGGCGGAGGUGGAAGAGGAAGCUGAAGAGGAGCAGGACGUUGAGGAUACCCCAGUUGAAGAGACUCCAGUUGAGGAGCUGAAGGAGAAAGAGGAGGAGGAAGCUGAAGUGGAAGUUGAGGAGGAUCGGACAGAAGCUGAGGAGGAACAGGAGGAAGAUGAGGAUACGGCUGAAAACUAUGCUGCUCCUGAGGAAGAGCCAGCCGAUGAGGUGGAUGAUGUCACAAGCAAAGGACAGUCUGAAGACGACGGUGAUGGCAAUGGACCUUCUGGGACAUCUGAGACGAGCCUACAUAGCCAGCCAACCAAAUCUUCCAUGGAAUCCCAACCAGGCUCGCUGGACGGAAUCCUGGAUGAAGAGGCAGAGAGAGAGUCCAACAGCGAGAAGAGUUCACAAACAGGGUCGGAGAUAGGCUCGGGCCACCGUCUCUCUGUGAAGAGAAGGCAGAAGUACCUCAUGGAAAAAGAGAACGAGAGCAGAGUGUCAGAAGUCACAGAGUCAGCCAGCGAGGUUCUCGAGCGACAAGUCGUCUCCCCAAAGAAGAAGACUCCAAAGAAGUCUCCGGCAAGAUCUGUCAAGUCAAGCAAGGCCAAAUAGAGUGAUAUUCUAAAACGUCCCUAUUCAAACGUAAUUUACGGUAUUUUGCUUGUGAAAAGAAAAUUGGCCAAUGUUUAAAUACCCCCCAUUUUUACCACAUUCUUGCCUGCAUAUGCCUUUUAUACCUCCUGUGUGCAAUGCCGGUGAUGAGUGGUAGUAGUGGUGUGCAGACGUGGGUGGUUAUUUUUAUUAAAUCCAUUGAAUA